AUGGGAAAGAUUACAAGAGUGAGAACGGGCUGUUGGACCUGCAAAAAACGGCACAGAAAAUGCGAUGAAGCUAAACCAAUCUGCAACAACUGCAAAAAGACAGGUCGCAAAUGCGAAGGGUAUGGGCUACGACUUUCAUUUGACUUCUUUCAACAAGGAGGGGUCAAGAAAAAGAAGAAGAAUGCAUUGGAUCAAGUGGAGAAUGAGGAGUCAAAACAAAGUGGGGUGAAGUUCGAGAAUGAAGGGUCCUCGUCACUGCCUAUGAACGAUCCCGCGUACACCACACUGUCUCUGCAUGUUCUUGAACGAGGGACCACGCCAGAUCAAACCCCAUUGACGCCAAUGAUCACAACUACGUCGUCUAGUACGAACUUGAAUCAUUUUAGUAGUGCCCUAUUUGAAGACCUCCAGUCACUAUUGUCCACCUCGAAUGAGAAUACAAAUAUGAACAUGCCAUUACCAGAUAAUCAAAUCUCACCGCCUUUGAAUGACUUUGCCAAUUUUGAUUUUCAAAUCAUCGAUUUCAUAGACAAGUCACAAAUAUUUGAUGCAAACCAUAAGUUAUUGUUGAACAAUGUUGACUCUCGUGGGGAUACUGGUAAUUCCUUGGCAGCACCGCCUGACCCUACUACAUUAUUUGCCAUGAGCCACCAAGAGGAAAAUAUGAUGUUGAAACAUUUUUUCAAAAAAUUGUUACCCUUGUUGGAUGGGCACCCCAAAUCUCCUUGGCCAGAUUUAGCAUUACAAUAUUGCGAUUUUGACACAGCAAGAAGCUGCUUCAUAUCAUUGGCAUGUAUCCAUAUGUAUGAAAGUAGAGCAGGUGGUACUGAAUUAUAUCAAAAGGGCGUUGCUCAUAUCAACAACACUAUGGACCAUUUGAUUCACUAUAUUCGGGAGAAUUCGAGCAAGAUGAACAAAGAGCAGGAAGUAAAUGACGCUUCUGUUGAUGUAAACAAAAAGCAUAUGAGCUACUUUGUCAUCCUAGUUCUCAUGAAUGUGCACUUGUUAUUUGCUGUUCUUGAAAAGGGCAAGAGCUCAAUAGCGAGAGAGUUUUUCAAAAUAUUUGCCACCAUAUGCAAAGAUCCUGUAUUUUAUAACCAGAUAUUGAAAACAAGCGACAAGAGGCGGUCUUUGGCAGUUGUGUUAAGCUGGUACGACACAAUUGGAGCGAUUGUCACCCCCGACUGUCGUGAACCAUAUUGUUUGCCUCAAUGGUAUGGCCGAGCUAUUGACGGCAUAUCCACAUCAAAGAUGAUGGGCUGUCCUGGUGAGAUUUUUGUCGCCAUAGGUGAAGUUGCUCGUUUGAGAAAUAAAAAGUAUAAUGGGUUGUUGGAAGAUGAAGAUAGGACUAAUGUGUAUCAGCGGAUACGAUACUCUUUGGUCAGUUACCGAGACUAUGUUCUUGCGUACGAUAAGGAUAGUACAGAAUCAUUUGCCAAUCGGUUAAAGUGCGCCUUAUGUUGGUCUCUAGCAGUUUGGAUUACUUUGAACAAAGUCGUUGAACCAGAGUACUAUAUGGACACAAACCUGAAAUUGGCCGCCGAGUUUAUUCACACUUACGACCAGAUGGAUUCAAAGUCAUCAUUGGUGACCCAAAUGGUGUGGCCAGUUUAUGCUGUUGGUUGUGAAUGCAAAAAUGAUUGGGAAAGAUCUUGCUUAACACGAUUUAUGGAUAAUCUAUAUGAAAAUACAAAAAUGGGAACAACUGCGUCGUUAAAAGAGAUUGUCUUGAACGUAUGGGAAAGAAACAUAACGCAAGAAGAGUAUCUAAUUGAGUGGUUGGGUAGAGGAGUAGAUUAUUUACCGUUGUAG